CUACCCAUGACCCAUGACGAACACAGCCUCAUGGACCCCAACACACCUUGACGAGGAGAGUCGAACCCAGAACGUGAGCGAAACGAGCGAACACGCGUACUGGCUGAUCGACAUUAAACAGUGUAGAGUUGAACGCUGCCAGUGAUCAGACAUUUUUAGAAGUCAUAAAUUCAGUUGAACAUUUUACAGGUGCGCCCUGCCUUUACAACAGCUAAAUCCCCCGUCAUAACAACGCUCGUACAGUAGAUAAGCUAUGUAUCACUGUAUUACAACCGACCACUCGGACUGCCAAGCUUAGCUCUGUAAAUACCAAUGUUAUAUUGUUUCCUCUGACCUUGGUACCGGCAUACAUCUGGAGGUACACGCCGACUUCACCAUGGAGACGUGGAGAGACUGGAUCCGGAAUCUGGGGUAGUAGCUGGUGUUGGAAUUACACACACGUGUCUAGAGGCAUAACGUUUUCAUUGUGUAUAUUCGUCAACGGAUAACUACAUGGAUUAAUAUGGUGAUGUGACUAUCAAACAUUUCGUCGGGGACUGGAUGAAUACUUCGACAGAGACUAUCUUAUGUUAAAUCUAACUAUUGAUGUAGGUGGAUCUCAGAAGCGUCUUGACCUUUCAGGAAACAGCAAGAAACAUUUCGAUUUUAAUAGCAACACGUGUCUGGACCAUUGUGACAUUCCGAACUGUGGAUACUGAUUCCGGUUUAUGGUUUCUGUUAACUGGAUCACAGAUUAUCGUUUGAGUCUAGGUAACCGGUUAGCGACAAUGACACUGUUGACAAGCCACGAUCGAUAAGAUUGGACCUAUAUCUGCCGAAAGCACCACAACAGCAUGAGAAGUACCAUGUCCCAUAACGGCGAGAUGAAAGCUCCUCCCCCAGGCGCUGAGAUGUACACCCGGGCUGGACGCAGCACCUACCUCCGUAUCAACCUCGACUUCCUCUACAACAACAUCUCCAUUCUUAAGCAGCAGUGUUCGCCACAUACAGCAGACGUCAUUGCAGUGGUGAAAGCCAACGCCUACGGUCACGGCAGUGUGGAGAUAUCCAGGUAUCUGGAGUCCCGGGGGGUCGGGCACUUCGCCGUCGCUACCCCCGAGGAAGGCGCUCAGCUCAGGCAGGCAGGGAUAAAGGGACACAUACAGAUAUUAGGUAACGCCGUCGAGGAGGACAUCCCGACACUGGUGAACAAUAGGUUGACACCGACGGUGGCAGAACUAAACUUCCUUCAGGAAUGGUCUAGGGCUAUCACAGCAGACCCCGUCAGUAGCAACAAUGCCGGUAACGACACCAUCAGUAGCAACAAAGUCACCGACAGCCACGCUUUACAGGCGAGGGUUAGGAAGAGACACCAGCUGGUGCUGAAGAUAGACACGGGGAUGUCCAGGAAUGGGUGUCAGACUCAGGACUUCCCCUCACUUAUACAGUUCUGCCAGACACAGGGUCUAACUGUCCACAGUGUCAUGACGCACUUUUCUCAGGCCUGGGACAACCCCCACUUCACCAAGCAGCAGCUGAACACCUUCACGACGCUGGUAGAACCGCUCAGGACAAGUGGAGUGAAGGUUCACGUCGCCAACUCCGCCGCCAUCAUCAGAGGGUUUGGGACACAGCUGGACUUUAUCAGGCCUGGGAUCUGCAUGUACGGGCUUCCUCCAGAUGCCAGCACUGAGACUGCUGAGUUGGUGGAGUCCCUCGGACUGAGACCCGUUCUCUCGUGGUGCGCUCGUCCCACCCUCAUCAAACAACUACCCCAGGGUAGGGUCGUGGGAUAUGACAACACCUACAUGACACGUGGUACAGAGACCAUUGCGACCUUUAGUUUGGGUUAUGCAGAUGGGUACAACAGGCUGAUGUCUGACAGAGGUGUGGUAUCUCUGGAUGAAGAUGAUGUCCGGUGUCCAGUUGUUGGUAGAGUGUCCAUGGACGCCAUCACAGUUCGCUUGGAUCAACCAAGGCCUUCGCCCACGACGUUCAACAUCAUCACGGAUGACUUCACCUCCCCAAACAGCGUGACAAAGAUGGCUGCCAUUCUCGGCACAAUCCCCUAUGAGGUGACGACGAGUCUAGCUGCCAGACUACCACGCGUGUUUAUGUCUGGUGGACAUAUUGUAGCUGUCACGAAGUCGUUGAUGACAGAUGAGAGAUAGUAGUGCGUUCUGGACCGUGUGGGAAAAGUGUCUGCCCUAUGAACAUUUUCUACGUAUAGAAGCAAGGGUGUCUUGAGCAGAGUUAAGUCCCUUGUGGUGCCCGAGAGUCUUCAGGACAGAUGACAGAUUAUAUUCCAUAUAGUUUGGAUCGUGUAGGCUAUUUUCUUGACCACCGAACCAUUGCCCAUGUUGUGCUGAGAUGUGUCCAUUACUAAAAUGAAACGUUUUAUUACAUACUUUAGUAUGAAAGACUGCCUUUUCUGAAGUUGAGAAAAGUGAUUUUUUCAUUGCAGUGAACAUAAGACUAGAUAUUUCACUGCAGUGAACAAAACACUUUGAUGGAACUACUGUCUUUCAAGAGUUACAUCCCCGCAAAUUAUCUACCUUUAUCGUAAGAGUCUCGCCCAUACACAUACUUUCUAUUUACGCAUUCCACAAUGACAAAGCAAAGUAGUGACUGAUGAUCAAGUUAUUAUCGCUUCUUGCCGAUUUUAUUCUCUUGAAAAUGUUUCGUUAUAGAUUAAAUUUAACUCGUCCAUUCGUUUCGCAAAACGUAUUUUUUGUUUCUUGACCAGCGCGUAUUCUUUCGCUUCCAACAACAGUCUAGUAGAUUUCAAGAAUACUUUUGUCUUAGUAUAUUUUGUAUAUAAUCAUAUCCAAAUGUAAAAUAGAUAUUUUUUUUACAUUAAAUAUUUUUGGUUACUUU